AUGUGGUUCACCGGGAUCCCGCUCCUGUUGGCGUCCCUGGCCUUCUCAGGAAGCGCUGCUGAUGAGGAAUGCAAGAACGGAACAAGACCCGCCUCGCACAAAGAUGGAGAAGGCUGCGACUAUUACUGCAUGAACAAUUCAACCAAACAAUGGGACCAUUUUUUCUAUGGGGACGGUGAAAAAUGCUUUUACAAAGAGGGCAAUUUAAGAGGCACUUGUAAAGAAGGAAUUUGCAAUUUGGAUGAAAACAGUCCCGAGGAUAAUCCGGAGACCCCUAACGAUGGUGAUGGGGAUGAUGAUAUAAAAGAUGAUGAUGAGGAGGAGAAGGAUGAUGAUGAUGAUGAUGAUGACGACGAC